CCCAUUCAAUUUCCUUCUUUAUUCAUGAUAUCUGCUUUCUUCCUCGCCGUUUCUUUCGUUUCUUUCUCGGUAUUGUCAUGGACGUUGAACCUCUAGUAUGACCCACGACACCUUUGUCGCACAUCCGCAUUCCCUCCCCACGCGAACCUCCUUCUUGCUUCGAGCUGGUGAUACCUCAUGAACCACCACUGCCAUCUACUCCGCCCGGCACAAUGAGCACCCCCUCCAUCUCCCGAAGCCACACGCCCGUACCCGAAGAGCAGACUCGCCAUCUUCCCCGCAUCCUCUGCCUCCACGGCGGCGGCACCACCGCCGAAAUCUUCCGCCUGCAAUCCCGCGCCCUCAUCAAACACCUCCCCGCCUUCCGCCUCGUCUUCGCCGACGGGCCCUUCUUCUGCGACCCCGGGCCAGGCGUCAUCCCCGUCUACCAAGACUGCGCGCCCUUUCGGCGCUGGCUGCGCUGGCUGCCCGAGCACGCACCAAUCGACAACGAGGCGGCGGUCGAAGAAGUCAAGUACGCGAUUGAGACGUGCAAAUCGGAAGACGAGGGCGACGGGCCGUGGGUGGGAUUGUUGGGAUUCAGCCAGGGCGCGAAGCUGGCGUCGAGUCUGCUGUACGAUCAGCAGAUUCUGGGCGAGAGGGGCUUGCCUGUUGAGACGGAGUACAAGUUUGCGGUGCUGUUGGCGGGCAGGCAUCCGUUGGUCAGUUUGGGGCCGUACAGUAAGAGCGCGGCUUGUGUGAGUGCGGGCGAUAUCAGUGAGGGGCAUGUGUUUGAUGGGGAGAGUCCGCAUGUGCUGCGCAUCCCGACUAUCCAUGUGCAUGGGUUGACGGAUCCGGGGCUGGACAAGCAUCGGAAGAUGAUGAGGCAGUAUCAUGAUGCGAAGACGGUGACGGUUCUUGAGUGGGACGGGGCGCAUCGCGUGCCGAUCAAGACGGCGGAUCUGGAGCCGAUCGUCAAGGAGAUCUAUCGGGUGGCGAGGGAGCAGGGUGUGAACGUUUGAGAGUCACUGUCAUCUGUGGGAUCUUGCCCUCUGGGCCACAUGGCCGACUAUCAUAUUACCCCCCUCGCGUCAUUGAGAUCCACGCGCGCUGGUGAUUAGCUGCACCAGACUCCGGAGCCUCGAGCCGCUCUCCUCGACACCGGCUCGACCUUGGACGAGCACGGACGACCAUGUUGCCUGGACGCGCCUUUCUGAGAGAGUUUCUCGAGCAAACGCUCGUUCGCGGCUAGCUGAAGAUCUUUGACCAUUUGCAGUUGAGGGCACCACGCAUAUGGCUCCGGGCAGGCCGUAUGGUCUUGCUAUAUGGUCACUGCCUUGCUGGAUCCCUUCGAGCAUGGCCUGCAGACAUAUGGCCUCGUGUGGGAAAGGCUAUCGAUCAUGCUGCGUCUAAAAUAUGAGGCAUCAUCCACCAUCAGACACAAUUGUGUAUGUUUAGAGAGUCUAUCGGUCUAGAUCCAAUCCAUUUCCCCGUCCUCUCG